GUGAACGAGAAAAACAGCCGAAGAUGGAAGAAGUUGUUCAGCGGCAGACACAGUGACAAGACUGGAUUUACUGACAUAUGUUAGGAGUUUAACUGCACACCUACUGACUGGGAAGCAGCGCAUCUGGGGAACUUGACGUCUUGAGUGAUCGCAUGUCUUUCAUCUGAGUGCAAAACCAAGUACCCAAGUGGAGAGUUUGGCUGGAGUGGGAGAUUGGUACUGUGCCGGAAUGGGGUGCGAUUUGUGUCUCUGAGACACUGUGGCUCGUAGAAGCAUCAGGCGUCCCCAUUAUUUCCAUCACUGAGAAGUAAAGACUCGUCAAGAAGGUGCAGGAUGAAAAGAUGGCGCUCCUGUUCGUACCCUCAGGACCCCACUGUCUGCAUCGGUUCACUCGCGAAUCCCUGGCUGCCAUCGAGAAGCGGAUCGCCGAGGAGCAGGUGGUCAGCGACAGGAAAGCCCACAAGGAGGAGAGUGAGGAGGAAAAGCCCACUCCCAACAGUGACUUGGAAGCAGGAAAGCAACUGCCGGUCAUCUACGGCGACGUCCCACCAAAGCUCAUCGGUCAGCCUCUGGAGGACCUGGACUCCUUCUACAGCAACAAGAAGACAUUUAUAGUACUGAACAAAGGGAAGACCAUUUUCCGAUUUAGUGCCAGCCCUGCGUUGUACCUACUGACUCCUUUUCAUCAUGUUAGAAGAAUAGCUAUUAAAGUUUUAGUACAUUCAAUGUUCAAUAUGUUUAUAAUGUGCACUAUUUUGACCAACUGUGUGUUCAUGACCAUGUCUGAUCCCGCCCCAUGGACAAAGAAUGUCGAGUACACGUUCACCGGCAUUUACACCUUUGAAUCAAUGAUUAAAAUUUUGGCAAGAGGGUUCUGCAUCGACUCAUUCACUUUCCUCCGCGACCCGUGGAACUGGUUGGAUUUCAGUGUUAUUUUGAUGGCGUACGUAACAGAGUUCGUAAACCUCGGCAAUGUUUCAGCUCUCCGAACAUUCAGAGUAUUGAGGGCGUUGAAAACCAUUUCGGUUAUCCCAGGUUUAAAAACCAUUGUGGGUGCAUUGAUACAGUCAGUGAAGAAGCUUGCAGACGUCAUGAUUCUGACAGUGUUCUGCCUCAGCGUCUUUGCCCUUAUUGGCCUCCAGCUCUUCAUGGGGAACCUGCGACAGAAGUGUGUGCGAGACUGGCGGAUCUUCAACGGGACCAUGCUGAACGAAAUGGGCAAUUACACCUGGCCUUGGAACGAGACGUUUAAAGAGUUUAUUGACAAGAAAGAGAACCACUUCCUUAUUGAAGGACAAAAGGAUGCCUUACUUUGUGGAAACAACACAGAUGCUGGGAAGUGUCCCACUGGUUACACGUGUCUGAAGGCGGGGAGGAACCCUGAUUAUGAUUACACCAGUUUCGAUACGUUUGGCUGGGCUUUCCUCUCGCUGUUCCGGCUGAUGACUCAGGACUUCUGGGAGAACCUCUACCAGCAGACUCUGCGCUCUGCUGGAAAGGCAUACAUGCUCUUCUUUGUGGUGGUCAUCUUCCUCGGCUCCUUCUAUCUCAUCAACCUCAUCCUGGCGGUGGUGGCCAUGGCGUAUGACGAGCAGAACCAGGCCACCAUCGCCGAGAACGUGCAGAAGGAGAAGGAGUUUCAGCAGACGAUGGAGCAGCUUCGGAUACAACACGAGCGGGAAUUGUCGAGACUGGGGCAUGAGACUCGGUCAAGAAGUUCUUCCGAGAGGUCACACCUAAGUGCCAGAAGCAUCAAGGAACGAGGCUUCAGAAGUAGGAAUGGGAAAGAACUGGGAAUAUCGGAAACAGAGAAAGGACCAAGAUCAGCAUCUGAAGAAGGUUUACCCCGGAAGCCUCUCCUGACGCCGAUUUUCUCCAACCACCACCCGCUGGGGCGAGGCAGCAUCUUUCGCUUCCGGACGCACUCCGUGGACGCCGCGCUGGGGAACGUGUUCUCAGACGAGGAAGACAGCGACAAGAGUGAGAGUGUCCGGAGCUCCCUGUGCCUGCCCCCGCUCAACCGUACCAACAGCAACCAGAGCCACGGGAGCCACCGCUCCGUGCUGGGACCGCCGCGCGGCCAGCAGAAGCUGCACCUCGCCGUGGACCAGAACGGCGUGGUCUCCGUGGUCGGAGGGUCCCCCGUCUCGCCAAGCUCCCUCUGCCUCCCUCAGGUCACCGUGGACAAGCCAUUCACCGAAGACAAUACCUCCCCGUCGGAUAACGAAACGAGCAAGUGUCACCUUUUGUCUGAUCACCGGGUCUCUGUGAGUUACCUGGAGGAGUCGCACCAGCGAGAACGGACGGUUAGCGCAGCCAGCAUCAUUACCAACACCAUGGAAGAGCUUGAAGAAUCUCGCCUCAAGUAUCCUCGAUGCUGGUAUUACUUUUCACAAACGUUUCUUAUCUGGAACUGCUGUCCGCUUUGGAUGAAGCUGAAGAAGUUACUGAAGUACAUAGUGAUGGAUCCCUUCCUGGACUUGGCCAUCACAAUCUGCAUCGUGCUAAACACCAUCUUCAUGGCAAUGGAGCAUCAGCCAAUGUCCGACGAAUUCAACAACCUGCUCUACGUGGGGAACCUGGUUUUCACUGCGAUCUUCACGGCUGAGAUGGUGUUGAAGAUCAUCGCCCUAGAUCCGUACUACUACUUCCAGCAGGGCUGGAACAUCUUCGACAGCAUCAUCGUCUGCCUGAGCUUGGUUGAGCUGGGACUGGCAAGGGUGGAUGGCCUCUCUGUGCUACGCUCCUUCAGACUGCUCAGAGUCUUCAAGCUGGCAAAGUCAUGGCCCACCCUCAACACGCUCAUCAAGAUCAUCGGCAACUCGAUGGGCGCUCUGGGCAACCUGACCCUCGUCCUGGCGAUCAUUGUCUUCAUCUUCGCAGUGGUGGGGAUGCAGCUGUUUGGCAAGAACUACAGUGACUGCGUUUGCAAGAUCUCAGACAAGUGUAAACUCCCACGCUGGCACAUGCACGACUUCUUCCACUCCUUCCUCAUCGUCUUUCGGGUUCUGUGCGGCGAGUGGAUCGAGACCAUGUGGGACUGCAUGGAGGUGGCUGGACAGCCUCUGUGUAUCCUCGUCUUCAUGCUGGUCAUGGUGAUUGGAAACUUGGUGGUACUGAACCUCUUCCUGGCUCUGCUCCUGAGCUCGUUCAGUGCGGACAACCUCAGCUCUCCGGAUGAGGAUGGCGAGAUGAACAACAUUCAGAUGGCCUUUGCCAGGAUCCACCGGGGCAUCCGCUUCGUCUGGGACGCCAUUGUGGAGUUCUUCCAGAACCUGCGCAAGAGCUCGGACCCCGCCAUGGAAGGGAAGACCAUGAUGGAGCUGCCGGCCUACGUCUUCAACCACGCCGGCAGUGAGAAGAUGAAGGAGGCCGAGCGCAGGGAUGGCAACGGCACGGCCGGCGGGGUCGGGAAUAACGGCACCACGGUGGGCAACAGGAGCGAGGACUUGGCGGCCGAGACCCUGCUGAGUGAGUGCGUCCCCAUCGCCGUGAUCGAGCCCGAGCUGGACACCUGCGAAGACGAGGAACAGAGCACCUUCGCUGAGGUAGCUGUCAGCGGGCAGAAGCUGGACGACCUCUCCAGUUGUUCAGAAGGCAGCACCAUCGAUCUGACAAGCAAGGGCGACGAGAUGGAGCACACCUCGGAGCACCUGGAGGAGGCCGUGGAUCCAGAUGACUGCUUCACCGAGGCCUGCGUCCGCCACUUCAGCUGCUGCCAGAUUGAUGUGACGACCGGCUUCGGCAGGAUCUGGUGGAACCUGAGGAAAACCUGCUACAAAAUUGUGGAGCACAACUGGUUCGAGAGCUUCAUCAUCUUCAUGAUCCUACUGAGCAGUGGAGCCCUGACAUUUGAAGACAUCAACAUUGAUAAAAAGCCGGUGAUAAAGGUGGUGCUGGAGUACUUAGACAAGGUCUUCACCUAUGUCUUUGUGCUGGAGAUGCUUCUCAAGUGGGUGGCCUACGGCUUCAAGAAGUAUUUCACCAAUGCCUGGUGCUGGUUGGACUUCCUGAUUGUCGCGGUCUCGGUAGUCAGCCUAACAGCUAAUGCCUUGGGAUACGCUGAACUAGCUGCCAUUAAAUCCCUUCGGACACUCAGAGCACUGAGACCAUUAAGAGCCUUGUCACGAUUUGAAGGGAUGAGGGUGGUGGUCAACGCACUCAUCGGCGCCAUUCCAUCCAUCAUGAACGUUUUCUUCGUCUGUCUCAUCUUCUGGCUCAUUUUCAGCAUCAUGGGGGUGAACUUGUUUGCAGGGAAGUUUGCCAAGUGCAAGAACUUCACCAGUGGAGAAGUGUUCCCCAUCGACAAGGUCAACAACAAGUCCGAGUGCGAGGCCUUGGACAGUCCAGAUGUCCGCUGGUAUAACGAAAAGGUGAACUUCGACAACGUCGGCCUGGGCUACCUCGCCUUGCUGCAGGUGGCAACCUUCAAAGGCUGGACGAAGAUAAUGUAUGCGGCCGUUGACUCAAGAAAUAUCGGUGAGCAGCCCGAGUACGAGAUCAACACAUACAUGUACGUCUACUUCGUGAUAUUCAUCAUAUUCGGCUCAUUCUUCACCUUGAACCUCUUCAUCGGUGUCAUCAUUGAUAACUUCAACCAGCAGAAGAAAAAGAUAAGUGGUCAGGACAUCUUCAUGACAGAGGAGCAGAAGAAAUACUACAACGCCAUGAAAAAGCUGGGCUCAAAGAAACCACAGAAACCCAUCCCAAGGCCAUUGAAUAAAUUCCAAGGACUGAUCUUCGAUCUAGUCACAAAGCAAGCCUUCGACAUCAUCAUCAUGAUUCUGAUCUGCCUCAACAUGGUGACGAUGAUGGUGGAGACAGAUGAAAUGAACCCCCACAUGGAGAGGAUCCUCUUCAUUAUCAACGUCACUUUCAUUGCGAUCUUCACCUCCGAGUGCGCGCUGAAGAUCGUCGCCCUGCGGCACUACUUCUUCACGAUUGGCUGGAACAUAUUUGAUUUUGUGGUGGUGAUCCUCUCCAUUACCGGUAUCGUGCUCUCGGACCUCAUUGAAAAGUACUUUGUGUCCCCGACGCUCUUCAGAGUCAUCCGCCUCGCACGCAUCGGUCGAAUUCUCCGGCUCAUCCGAGGGGCCAAGGGGAUCAGGACUUUGCUGUUUGCCUUAAUGAUGUCACUGCCUGCCCUAUUUAACAUCGGCCUCCUCCUGUUUCUGGUCAUGUUCAUCUACGCCAUCUUUGGCAUGGCCAACUUCGCCUACGUCAGGAAGGAGGAUGGCAUCGACGACAUGUUUAACUUCGAGACCUUCGGCAACAGCAUGAUCUGCCUCUUCCAGAUUACAACGUCUGCAGGCUGGGAUGGCCUGCUCAGCCCCAUCCUUAACACUGACAGCCCGGACUGUGACCCUUUGAAGGAGAACCAGGGCACAAAUGUCAAGGGAGACUGCGGCAACCAGUCGUUGGGGAUUGGCUUCUUCGUCAGCUACAUCAUCAUCUCCUUCCUCAUUGUGGUCAACAUGUACAUCGCCAUUAUCCUGGAAAACUUCAGUGUGGCCACCGAGGAGAGCUCGGAACCUCUCAGUGAGGAUGACUUUGAGAUGUUCUAUGAGGUGUGGGAGAAGUUUGACUCUGAGGCGACACAGUUCAUUGAGUAUUCGGCACUGUCUGACUUUGCAGACGCCCUGAAAGAGCCCCUCCGUGUGGCCAAGCCCAACAAACUCAAACUCAUCGCCAUGGACCUGCCCAUGGUGAGUGGGGACCGGAUCCACUGCCUCGACAUCCUCUUUGCCUUCACCAAGAGGGUGCUGGGGGAGUCAGGUGAGAUGGACGCGCUCAAGCUGCAGAUGGAGGAGAAGUUUAUGGCAGCCAACCCCUCCAAGAUCUCCUACGAGCCCAUUACUACUACCCUUCGGAGGAAGCAGGAGGAGGUGUCCGCUGUUGUCAUCCAGCGGGCAUACAGGCGUCACCUGCUGCGCCGCUCAGUCCGCCAGGCGUCUUUUAUGUACCGCCACCGGACGAGCGAUGUGAACGUUAUUGUGGAGGAGGCCCCGGAAAGAGAAGGGCUGAUCGUUGCCAUGAUCAGGGAGCACUACAGCCCCAAAAUGGAGAGGUCAGAGACAAUGUCCUCCUCCUCCUCACCACCGUCCUACAACAGUGUCACCAGGGCCGCCAACGAGAACAUUGUGGUGAAAGUAACUGACCUCGGAACCCUUGAACCGAGUGACUUGAUCAGAGGCCCCGACAGAGACAGGGAGUCUGUGGUGUAACAACAAAUGCUUUCAACAAUGUCUUGUUUACACACGCACGGUCGACAUGCUUGUCAAGGAAGAUAAGGAGAGAAAAAAAUUAAAGCUUUUUUUUUCACUUCGUCGAAAGUUCAGGCUUAAGGGGCGCGGUUGACCUUUGACCUUGGCUCUGCCAAGUUUUGCUUUGAGCUUUAUAUUAACAAGGAAGGAGCCACACGGGACUGUGGCGGUGAUAUCGAUAAUGUGGGCUGGGAUCAGGAAACAAAACACAAAGCUAUCACUACUUGCGUGCGAUUAGUGAUGGCCGUAUGCAUUUAUUUGAGAUAAUAUAAUGGUGUGUCUCUUGCUGGAUAUGUAUGACCUUGCAUUAACAAUUAUCACAAUUUCUGUAGCAAAUGUAACACUUAUUGCAUAUGUUAUGGGUCUUUCAUAAAUUUAUUAUUAUAUUUGAUAUUUUUCUAUCCGAAGCAUAUAAAUGUUGGUUUUUGCACCAGGAUUGAAGGCCCUGCCCCUCUUGAAAUUCAGGCCCAUUCUCCUGCAGCUUCACCAAUAGAACCGCUCGCCUUGGUUCGGGACAGAGGCGAGCCUGCCACAGACCACCGACACUGAGGGUGGCUCGGCACACCAAGCCCGCCUCCCCCGAAGCCUCCAGGCACGACAGCGCCGACCGACAACCAGCACCUGAGGAGGAGGAGGUGGGGGCGUGCACGGGACGUGGGGUGGCAGGGAGCGAUGUUAACGGCUUGGACUUGUCCUUUCUCCCGAGUUGGCUGCUCACCACGGGGUGGGGACAGAAAGUUAGCCGCAAAGAGACUCCAAGCAGGCGGGAAAUGCACUGGUUUCCCUCCCCCGCCAACUGAUGUGAAACCAAAACCAAACCAAAAACAAAAGACAGAUUAAAAACAUUUGACUCGUGUUGCUGAGAUUGCACAGUUUUUAUGCAACCUGUUUCUUUUUUAAGUUAUUCCAUGUUCCUUCUUUCCUCUCUGUGUAUUGUUUAUUGCUGGGAAUGUCGGUGACUUCGGAGUGUCCGCCUAACUCACCUCUGCUGCCUUCAAGGAGUUUACGUGACGUUCAUCUGCAAAACAGAGACCAGACCCAGUCAC